CACCGCUCUCCAAACUAGCACUUGGACCAAUGUUAUACCAGAGCAAACCACCACAUACACUAUCAACUUCCCACUUACUACCAUGGCCACCGUUACUCUGCCCAAUCUGCGGGUCUUCCGUCGCCAACAAGAAUCAAUAUCGUCAGAAUUUGUAUGGGAUAACUCUAGCUCUACACUUAGCAGCGUGCUCUCGGAGAACAAUACACUGAGCGUGAGCUCAACCUCAGUAUCAAACAGCCAGAGUGAUCUUUCCCCUGCUCUACCUUCUCCAACGUCUUCUCUACCACCCCCAGUUGACCCUUCUCCUAUGUGUCCGACUGGUGGGAAGAUCGGCAAUCUUACAUUAGACUUUGAUGAUGUUAAAGCUGGCCCCCUUUUCAACCCUGCUCAUGAUAUUUGGUUCUCUGAAGGAUUCCUUAUUGCUCCUCCGUCGUCUCAAACAUCUCAAACCUACAUUCCUUCAUCCGGUGGCCAGCUUGUCGAAUUCGUGCCACCCUCUUUACCAUCUAUGGGCCGUUCUAAUGUAGGAGAUACUGCUGAGAUUGGUGUUGGUCCAAACGCUCCAAAUCCCUGUUUCAGAUUCGACUUUCAAGGCGCAAGUCUUGGCUGCGCGGCAGAUGGUGCCGAGAAAUGGUGUGAAUUUGAGUUAUCGGCGUAUCGAUACAACGAAAUUUUGGGAACAGAGGAGUCAAUAGCCUGGUCUGAGACAAGGCGUAUUCCAGCAUGCCCCAGCUUUCCUCAUGGGAACUGUCGACUGACGUCGGUAUCGUUUGACGGCUACACAAAUAUCACAUCUGUUUUGAUUACUCUACGUGUUGGCACUGAGUUGCGCGUCUGGUGGGGAGACGACUUCAAGUUUGGCUGGAGUGACAACACUUGUGAAGCCGCUGCCUGCCGCGCAGGUGUUGCUCCUCAGUCAGUCAAGCGUGAGACUAUUGAAUCAGUUGCUCGCCGAGGCGUCUGGCACUGGACUGCACGCGGACUGAAACGACUGGAUGAUGAAUACAUCUGGGAAUCGGUAUAAUAGGCCAUCAUUUGAGGAUUUCGGGAGGUAAUUAGGUGCGAUGAAUCGCAAGGAGAGAAUAUUUUGCAGUUUGUUUGUUUGUUUGUUGAUGGAAGCAAUUUGAACCUAGAUUUCUUGGCAAGCAGCAUAAUGUGGUUGUAGCUGCAGCACUAGAUGUAAUGGUAAAUGGCCGUGG